AAUCAUUUCCCUCUUCCUUCAAGCUUUAGCGGUUUAUCUCGAAACUUCAUUUGCCCUCUCAUUUCAAUUGAUGCUCAACUUUUUUGAAAACAGGGAAACCUAGAAAUGUCAUCAUCAGUCAAUCCGGAAGAAGCCCAAUGGAAAAACCCUAACAUUUACAGCCGCAAGGAAAAAUCCCUCGGUCUUCUUUGCGCCAAUUUCUUGAAGCUGUGUGAUCGGGAAGGAGUAGAUUCCAUUGGAUUGGACAAUGCUGCCGAUCAAUUAGGUGUCGAGAGGCGUCGCAUUUAUGAUAUUGUCAAUAUUUUGGAAAGUGUUGGGGUUUUGUCACGAAAAGCUAAGAAUCAGUAUAAAUGGAAUGGGUUUAGUGCAAUUCCUAAAGCUGUAGAUUUGCUUAAGAAAGAAGGACUAAAAGAUCAGUCUGUUGUCUCCUCCACUAGCCAUAAUGUUGCAAAUGUAAUAGCUUGUAAUCAUUCAGAUCUCAAGGAAAAAGGGCAAGACAAGACUUCUGUAUCACAUAAAAUUGACAACCGGAAGGAGAAGUCUUUGAUGAUUCUUGCCCAAAAUUUUGUAAAGCUUUUCCACUGUUCUGAUGUUGACUUGAUCUCUCUUGAUAAGGCUGCAUCAGCUUUGCUUGGUGAUAUGCACGAUCCCAUGGCUAUGAAGACUAAGACCAGACGCUUGUAUGACAUUGCAAAUGUUUUUGUGUCCAUGAAUCUCAUUGAGAAGAUACGUAGUCCAGAUAAUGGAAAACCAGCAUUUAAGUGGAUAGCCUGGAGAGAAAAUCCUAGGACUGGGUCCCCUGCAGCUUCUAAAUCAGAUGAUUCAAAGAGGAGAACAUUUGGGGCAGAGAUCACAAAUACAAUUUCAAAAAGAUGCAGGGCUGAUUCUUCAUCUGAUCUAGUGUCAAAUGGGCAGGUAAAGAGGUUGAAAGUUGCAAAAGAUGAUGAAUUGAAAGAUAAAAAUCAGGAGAUGUCAACAGAGCGGCUUAAUGGACAUGGUACAAUGGAUUUUGUAUUUGGCCCUUUUGGUCCAGCAAGUUUGUCCAAAGCAGGAGUUUCUGGAAAAGAAAAUUUGAAACAGACUCAGAAUUGGGAGGAUCUGGCUUCUACAUAUCGCCCUCAGUAUCAGAAUAAGGGUGGCAUCGAACACAUUCAGCAGGAAUAUAUCUGAUGCUGUUACUCUCAGUUUCACUUGAGAGAUUAGUGGUUAUUGGUUGAAUAUCUCCUCGAUACAUCUUUCAGUUGAGUAUGCAGCUAAUAUCAGAUAUCACCCCUGAUGCUAGUUCUGUGCGGUACUGUUGUAGUUCCCAGUUUUAUCUGGAUGAGUUUCCACUUGCAAGGGCUCGAGCUUACUAGGUUGUAAAAGACAAAUACCUGCUACCAUUGAUGAUGUAUGUGUGUUCAAGUUCCCUCACUCCUAUUCAAACCUCUUGAAGCUUUCCAAACUGAAGUUGAUACUUCUAUUUAAAUUUCAUUGAGCUAAGUCGACUGUGUUGUAAAUAGUAUGCAGAUAUCUUAAAUCUUUGCUUGUCAUCUCACUUUGGAAGGAAUGUACAUCAGCAAUUGAAAUUUUUUGCAUUUCA